GGGUGUGUGUGUCACUGUGUGUGUGUGUGAGGGAGAGAAAAAGAGAGAGAGAGGAGGCAAGUCUAAGGGGGACGGUAGGUUGGAUUCCCACAUAUUUUGCCGCUGUUUUUUGUCGACUAUGAAUGACAUCUAUCGAGCAUUCCGAACUCCCAAGGGACCCCAAAAACAACAAACCCUUUUCAUAGUCCUCAAGACAUCCCCAUACCAAUGGUACCAAUACUAAAAUAAUCUACAAAGAAUCUAACACUUUCCUCACCUUUGACAGUUAUUUUGAAGAACAAAAAGAUACCCUUCCUUUUUAUCUUCAUUCGACCCUAUCUCUUCUUUGUCUUUGGUCCCAUUCUCACACAAAAGAACUUGCCAGGAAUUAUUCUCUUUGCCACUUCUCUAUUAAAACCCUAUUUCAAAUCUCCUCCCUCAUUUUUCUAUACACACUCCAUCUCUCUCGAUCUUUGUCUCGUCUUUCUUUCAUUUUUCAUAUCUUCUAUAAUCGAUUCUAGGAGGGUUGGGAUCGAUCGCUGUCUCUCCUUGAAAUGGAAGGUACAGACGAGGAGGAGCUUUUGACCCUCCGACUUUCCGUCGUCACGGAUUAUGAUUGCAAUGGUGCUAAGAGGAAGAGGAAGAGAAGGGAAGCCGCGUUCAACCUUUUGAAUAAAAACGAAGGUUGUGAAGGGAAGAUACUAAGUCUCCUCCAACUAAGGGAACAAAUGUCUAAACUAGACCACAAGAGAAAAGUGGUGGAUGUUGUGGAUGGGAAGGGUCUCCAUUUGAUCCAUUUGCUGCUCAUAUCGGCCACCUCCAUCGACGAAAACAACGUUGACUCGGCCGUGGAGAACCUGAGUGAGUUGUACCAAAAUGUGUCCUUGAAUGGAGAUUCAGUCCAAAGGGUUGCGGCCUAUUUCGCGGACGGAUUGGUGGCGAGGCUUCUCACACCAAAGUCACCGUUCCAUGACAUGGUCAUGAAAGCACCAACGCCAGAAGAGGAGUUCUUAGGUUUUCUAGAGUUCUAUAGGGUGUCCCCAUAUUACCAAUUUGCUCAUUUCACAGCCAACCAAGCCAUACUCGAGGCCUUCGAAAAAGAAGAAGAUAGCAACAAUUGGGCAUUGCACGUCAUCGACUUUGAUGUCUCAUAUGGCUUCCAAUGGCCUUCCCUAAUCCAAUCCCUAUCCGAAAAGGCCACCAUCGGAAACCGAAUAUCGCUACGAAUCACGGGGUUUGGGAGAAGCUUGGAAGAGCUCCAAGAAACCGAGACAAGACUAGUGAGCUUUGCGAAGGGUUUUCGGAACCUGGUGUUCGAGUUCCAAGGGUUGCUGACAGGCUCCAAACUCGUAAACCUAAGGAAAAAGAAGAACGAAACCGUGGCUGUAAACCUAGUUUUCUAUCUGAACACUUUGAAUAGCUCCUCAAAAGUCUCCGACACAUUGAAAUAUGUACAUUCACUCGAUCCCUCCAUUGUAGUCUUCGUGGAACAAGAAGGUAGCCGGAGCCCUCGGAGCUUCUUGUCAAGAUUCAUGGAGUCCCUCCAUUAUUUUGCAGCCAUGUUUGAUUCGUUGGACGAUUGCCUCCCACUCGAUAGCGCGGAGAGGUUGAGCAUCGAGAAGAACCACCUCGGGAGAGAGAUCAAGAGCGUUAUGAACUGCGACAAAGGCGACGCGGGGUGUCCCAAGUAUGAGAAGAUGGAGACAUGGAAGGGGAGAUUGGAGAGCCAUGGGUUUGUUGGGGUCAAUUUGAGUUCCAAGUGUAUGAUACAAGCAAAACUUCUGUUGAAAAUUAGGAGCCAUUAUUGUCCAGUUCAAGUUGAUGGAGAGAUUGGUGGAUUCAGAGUUUUUGAAAGAGAUGAAGGGAGAGCUAUAUCUCUUGGGUGGCAAGAUAGGUGUCUCAUAACAGCCUCUUCAUGGCAUUGUGUAUGAUAGAAGAUAUAUUCUUUUAAUUAAUCCACAUUUGAUCAAUCUAUAGUUCAAUGCAUAUUCAAAAUUAUUUCAAU